CCCACCUUCCUGUUUAUUAAACAUGGCCAGGGCCGAGGCACCGGCAACAGGGCUGGGCCAGGCACCUAUUUGUCUUCCCGGGCGCGUCUGCCUGGCGCGCUGCGGGGCUCUGGCACUGGGGUGCCUCUAGGACUUGCGGGUUCGUUCCCAUACUCCGUCAGACAGGGCGCCGGGAGACCCUGCCCAGGCACCGGCCGAGCGGGUGAGCAGGAGAGGGCGCCCCGGAACCCGUGGGCGGGCGCGCGGGAGAGCGAAGACGCGGAGGCAGGAGCUAGGGCCCUGGGAGCCGCGGGGACCCAGGCAGCGCCGCCACGCUCGCCUCCAGCCGGCCUCCCGCCCCCGCCCCCUCGGUGGUGACUCGCUCCGUGCGUCUCCGGCUCGGAACCAGACACAGCUCCGCGCGCCGGGGCGUUGUGCGUUGCGGGCUCCCAGGAACAGCCCCGCGGCCCGGCUACUUCCUGUCCCCAGCGCCGGCACCGAAGGGGCGCACCGCGGCCACCCACCCGGAGGCGCCCGAGGCGAGAAGAGGCCCCGCGCGCCCCGGGGUCCCAGCGCAGCGCGCGGUGAGCGUCCCCCGGGGCUCUGGGAUCCUUGGCCGCGGGUUCCCUCGCGCUACCCCCGGGUGCCCGAUGGGGCCGCCCGGGGGGCACAGGGCCGACGUUUGGAGCGCACGCAGCCCGCCCCUGCCGCGGAGUCCGAGUCCGAGUCCGACAUGCUGCUGCGGGGGCACAAUGGCACGGAGUUCCCCGCGCGGCAGCAGCUGGCUCCCGGAGGCGCCCCGGGGGGAGCGGAGGGGGCGGCGCCGCUGGGGCCCGCGCAGGUGCUCACCGCCGGCCUCCUGACCCUGCUCAUCGUCUGGACCCUGCUGGGCAACGUGCUGGUGUGCGCGGCCGUCGUGCGCAGCCGCCACUUGCGCGCCAGGAUGACCCACAUGUUCAUCGUGUCUCUGGCCGUGUCCGACCUCUUCGUGGCCGUGCUGGUCAUGCCCUGGAAGGCUGUGGCGGAGGUGGCCGGCCACUGGCCCUUCGGGGCCUUCUGCGACGUGUGGGUGGCCUUCGACAUCAUGUGCUCCACCGCCUCCAUCCUGAACCUGUGCGUCAUCAGCGUGGACCGCUACUGGGCCAUCUCCAGGCCCUUCAGCUACCAGCAGAGGAUGACUCCGCGCGUGGCCCUGGUCAUGGUGGGCCUGGCCUGGGCCCUGUCCAUCCUCAUCUCCUUCAUCCCGGUCCAGCUCCACUGGCACCGGGACGAGGCAGGCUCCCGGGGCGCGGUGGACCCGCCGCCAGCCGACCUGGCCAACGGGACGUCCUGGGGGACAGCGGGGGACCCAGAGGUGCGGGAGGAGAACUGUGACUCCAGCCUGAACCGCACUUACGCCAUCGCCUCCUCGCUCAUCAGCUUCUACAUCCCCGUGGCCAUCAUGAUCGUGACCUACGCGCGCAUCUACCGCAUCGCGCAGGCGCAGAUCAGCAGGAUCGCCUGCCUGGAGAGGGCGGGGCAGCGCGCGCAGAGGUGCGGGCGCCGUGAGCCCGAGCCCGGCCUGCGGGCGUCCAUCCAGAAGGAGACCAAGGUGCUGAAGACCCUGUCGGUGAUCAUGGGGGUCUUCGUGUGCUGCUGGCUGCCCUUCUUCCUCCUGAACUGCGUGGCGCCCUUCUGCAGCCGCCGCCCCGAGGGCGCCCGCGCCGGCUUCCCCUGCGUCAGCGACACCACCUUCGACGUCUUCGUCUGGUUCGGCUGGGCCAACUCCUCCCUCAACCCCGUCAUUUACGCCUUCAACGCGGACUUCCGGAAGGUGUUCGCCCAGCUGCUGGGGUGCGGCCGCCUCUGCUCCCGGCGCACCCGGGUGGCGACCGUGACCCUCAGCAAUGAGCUCAUCUCCUACGACCAGGACACCGUCUUCUCCAGGGAGACCGCAGCCACCUACAGCCACGUGGUCCCCAGCGAGGUGACCCCCCGCCACAGGGAGGGGGACAAGGAGGAGGAGGAGGAGGGUCCUUUGGAUCUCAUGUGCCAGAACUCUCAAGCGUCCCCAAGGGUGACCCUGCCGCCCAGUCUGUCUGGGAGCUGGGCUGUGAGGGAGAGACUUCAUUAGGCAAAACGCCUUUCGCCUCAGGUGGGUUCCAUUAAACUGCGUACAAAUGCCCUUCGUGGACUACAGAGCUGCCCAGACACUGAAGCACGGGGACACACACGUCCGGUGUUGCUCGGAUCACCAUCGCUCCUGUCUCUGUGUAGUAGCGUUUGUGCUUAGAAACCUUACCUGAUUGGUUUGUUGUUGAAAGAAUUGGCAGAAGCAAUUCGGGCCAACUCGGUGUAAUAUACCCCAGUCUGGCAGAUGCGGACCGAUGGUCCUUUUAGAGGUGAUGGUUGGUCCUUACAAAAAACUGAAAAUGUGGGACUUGGUCUUAAACAUAUAUCCUCUUCCCCUUUAAACCAAUGGACGGCUCAGCGACUUGGGCUGGGGCGGCUUUUUAAAUAGGUUCAGCGUGUGCGGUGCUGACGGGGCGGGUGGCUCUGCUCCCCUGUAUCUUGCCUCCCGGGGCCUGUGUUGAAGCAGCAUCUGCGCUCGGUGUCCUCCGACAGCGGAGGAAUGCUUCCCGACGUGUCCUGGUGUCUAAUAAACACAGAUUGUGUGUGCGACGGGUGAUUGUCUUGCUUUGCCCGGUUGGUCCGCAGGAUGGCUCCUGCGGAAAUCAUGAAGGCGUCCUUUCAAAGCAGGGAAGACCUCGCUGGGGCUGGAAGCACAUGGUCUGUUUGUUUCCUGUACGGACAGCUCGGCCUUAAAGAGGCACGCAGGGCCAAGGGAUCUUUUCGUUUGUUUGUUUGUUUCUUAUUAAUCCUCACCUGAGGGUAUUUUUUCCAUUGAUUUUUAGAGAGAGUGGGAGGGUGGGAGGAGGGGGGCGCGAGAGAGGGAGAGAGAGAGAAACAUUGAUGUAAAGGUGACACAUUGAUUGGUUGCCUCUGCACACUCCCUGGCUGGGGUAGGGGAACAAACCUGCAACCAGGUACGUGCCCUUGACCGGGAGUGGACCCCUCGACACUUUGGCAUGCAGGCUGAUGCUCCACCACUGAGCACACUGGCCAGGGCAUGGGCCAGGGGAUCUUCAAGAGUUUCUGAUGCCUCCAGGAUUUUUAAAAAUAUAUUUUAUUGAUUUUUUUACAGAGAGGAGGGAAGAGGGAUAGAGAGUUAGAAACAUCAAUCAGCCGCCUCCUGCACACCUCCUAAUGGGGAUGUGCCCGCAACCGAGGUACAUGCCCUUGAUGGGAAUCGAACCUGGGACCCUUCAGUCCGCAGGCCGACGCUCUGUCCGCUGAGCCAAACCAGUUAGGGCUCAGAAUUUUUUUAUUAGACACAGACAUCUGGAGUCUGUGCUGAGAGCUAGCUUCAAUGCCACGGCAUCAGACACCAACAUUUCAAGCCUGAGAUUCUUUUUUUAUCUGAUUUGGAAUCUUUUUUUU